AUCACAGACUGUCAGGUGGAAAGACGAGGCGGACAGCUGUCAAGCCGGAGGACACGUCCCAUCCUCCGAGGCUCUCCUGGAAAAUAUUCUCGGCAACCCUAUCUGGAACAAAGGUUAUAAUUACAAAUGGCGAUCCUCGUGGCUCAAGUGGUGGCCCCUCUGAUUCUUCUUUUCGGAACAUUCUUCCUGGGAACACUUCCCAUCUUCCUCGUGCGAAAGUUAUACAUACCAGCUAUCGGUCCUCGAAUCUUGUCAUUCCUGGUCUGCUUCGGGGGAGGUGUUAUUUUCUGCGUCACAUUUCUUCACAUCGUCCCAGACGUCAUCGAAGGCUUCUCUGAUGUGCACACUAGUUUUCCCCUGCCGGAGGCUGUCGUGUGUAUCGGCUUCUUGGCCAUAUAUGCGAUAGAAGAACUCAUCCAUUUGUGUGUUGACCACGGGCAUAGCGCUGGGAAUCAUCAGCCUGCGGAUGACAGGGACCCCUCGGCGCCCUACUUCGGCGACUCGCUCGCGAUCAGCUUUUCUGAGUCUCAGCCCAUCAGCCCAUCGCCCGCUCAACUCAACAGGGAGGUGACCAUAUCCGGCCUCCUCAUCAUUGCUGCGCUCUCCUUCCACUCCUUAUUCGAGGGGCUGGCCCUCGGCCUUCAACAAUCCGAGAAGGAUACCUGGCUCCUAUUUAUGGGUGUCUCCAUACACAAGCUCGUUCUAGCGUUUGUCGUCGGUUUCGACCUCAGCGCUGCAGGGAUCUCCGCUAAGGUGUUGAUGGCUUACAUGGCUGUAUUUGCCAUCAUGUCCCCCGCGGGUGCCCUCAUAGGUGCCGGUUUCUUAACCAGUAAGAAGUUCAACGGUGUGCCCGUAGCGUCGAUGAACGGUUUGGCCGCUGGGACUCUCUUGUACGUGACUUUCUUCGAAGUUCUUCAAAGAAAACAGAACGCGAACUUGCCGCGAAUGUGGAGAGUAUUUGCGGUUUCCGUUGGGUUUGCAUUUAUGACAAUGCUGAUAGCUCUUUUACCUGACCGGGAUUGAUACGGUGGCCGAAUAGGAGUCCUUCCUGGAGGAUCGGGAGUGGAGAAGUAUGUCAUGACUAGGCACACCGCACUCUAAAGAGAGAGAGAGAGAGAGAAAAAAAAGAUAGAGUAGCUUAGUCCUUUGGGGGACUACAAUCAUUGCAACGGUAGUCUGUGCGAAGUUUGAGGGCUGUUUGCAAUGUUGGGGAGUACCUAAUUGUUAGGAUCAGAGGGCUAAAAUUGGGAGAAGGUUCAAUCUAGGGUUUUACAAGCUAUAAUUAUUCAUCAAUUUACCCUUUUUUUCUCUCUCUUAAAAUGCAGACAUCUCGUUUGGGUCAGGCAAUUCCAUUCCGAAGGUUCAGUCCUGCAGUCCCAUUCUUUAUGAGUCGCUCGUGAAGGAUCUGGGAUCUCGAAGACUAGAGUCAUCAAACUCAAAAAAGAGUAUUCUUAAUCAUCUGGGGGACUACAUGCAUUGCCACGGAAGGUUGCGCGAAGUUGGGGAGUUAUUUGAACCUUAGGGAAGUAGUACUUCCUUACUUACAGUAAUUACUCCCCAACUUGCCCCCCACCCCCCGCCCUUUUUUACUUCUUCUUCUUAGAAUGCAGACAUCUUGUCUUGAUUGGGCAGUCCCGUCUCAAGGGUUUAAUCCCUGCAGUCCCAUACUUCACAUUGCUCGAAGCAGUGGCUGUCAAUUACUUUCAAAAUCAGGAUAUGGUCAGGAAAGUCAUGGUCAGGAAAGUCAUGGAAUGGUCAUGUUUAUUUAGCGAACGCAGUGAUUUAUCCAGACCCUCCCUACAUCCCGCGACAUCCCCGCAAAAGUUUGGCGAUACUCCCCCUAUAUCUCUUCCACCUGCGCACCGGGGGAGCCUUGCUAUUUCAGCUGUAAUGACAUGUCGGUAAUGAUACGUUGAGUUCUUAUGACGCAACCUGUAAUAGUGACUGCCAGAAAAAUAUUUUGGCAACCCCCUCCCCCACCCCGCCGUGCUUGGGAUUCUGGAUAAACCCCUGCUCGUACGAGCAGUAUUUCUUAUAAACAUGCAAUGCAAAUGUUUUCUCCCAUGGAAUACAAUUUGGAGUUGGAGUUAGACGGACUAAAAAUAAUACGGAGAGGUUGAACUUGCCACCUGACAAAUUCUGCUACUCCGAGAAAAAGCUACGAAAAACAACAACAAGGAAAGAGAGAUGACUAGGCUAGGCUGUACGGCGCACGGAAUACAAUUUACUAUUAUGUCCGCCGUUACAUUCAGGAGUAACUUCUUUUUGCACGAAGAUGGCUGCACGGAAACUUUUGUGUUUUUAGCGAAUGUGAGCGAGAUUGUGAAUUUGGCGGUGCUUGUAGGAAGUGACUUGGCAACCCUGUCACUGUUCAGAGUUCUGCAAUGGCGAAAAGAUGCGAGUGCACUUUCAAGGAAGUUCCGCCAAAAGAACCUGCUUUUGUAAGCCCAUAGUAGCAGAGUUAGCUGACAAGCCUGGCGUACGUGCUUUUUCUGUUGUGCCUGGGGGCCGCCGUGACUGAUGGUGGUGAUUGUGACGAGGCCGACUUGUUGGCCUCUUCAGUAGACAUCAGCACAUCACGAGUCAGGAGCAUAUCAGCGUAAAUGACGCCCAGUCCGUAUGGUCCGUCAGCCUGAGCCUUUGUUCGAUGAUGUCACGAUAUCCGAGCGUUCAAAAUCCCAAAUCUCAAAAUCCGCAAUAGCAAAAUCACAAAUUGCAGAAUCAAACUUAUAUCUGCUAGGUCUGAGAAUGAAAAGUAGUAUGAAAGGUCUGAGAAUGAAAAGUUUCAAAGUAAGAUAUCACUGAGCAACGACCAGCUCCCGUGUAAAUGACAUUUACGUCUUGAACUGUAAGAGUGUGAAAUAAAACGUUCUUGAAAAGAAAAAGGCAAGAAACAGCUCCCGUGGCGUAGUGGUUAGCGAUCAACCUAACUUAGGAUGAUCGCUUUCCACGCGAGACUGCUGGGAGGUGACACGGGUUCGAAUCCACGUCACCGGCUGUGUUGUCCGAGGUUUUCCCUGGGUUUUCCGAAGACUUUCCAGACGAAUGUCGCCGCAGUUCCCCCUGAAGUCGGCCCAGGACGCAUGCUAACCCCUCUGUCCCCCACUCCUUCCUGCUGUCCUCUCUCCAUAUGUCCACGUCUGUACGCCGCUCAUAGCCGCAGUUGCUUCGCGGCGCUAACACGAACUAAAAAAAAACUGAGCAACGUGUCAGGUUCGAGCGUUUUCGAUGUUCGUCUGUGUGAAUGUGGGAGCGACUGGCAACAAUGUAAGAGAGAAUGCACCGAAAAGGAUGAGUGCGUGUCCUCGUGUUUCCUCAUGUGGGUUGGAGGACCUUUUUCACAAUGGUCUAUGCGCAUGACGUUCAUGCGCCGGAGAGGGUAAUCUCCGUCAUCACUAGAUGGCCCAGUAUGGGGACGACAGAAGAGAAGGGGGACCACUGGGGAGACCGCACGAAAGGUGCCAGCUCGUCGGUCCCACUCCGGACCGGUUUUAGUCCUUUGUGCUACCCACGUGGAUUUGUUUUCACGCGCUCCGAGGAGACCCGAUAGGAUACGACGCGUAUGUGAAAAAGGUCCAUUCUCUGACCGGCAAUCAGAGGGUGCGGGUUCGAAUCCCACUGCUGGAGCCUUUUCUUCAACAGCCAUCAUCAACUCACCCACUACAGAGUUUCAGGGACAGUGUCUAUGAAUGUGUGGGCAGGAAGUCCCACCCCGUGCCUUCCCGCCUCUGGACGCAUACGUUGCUUAUUGCAUAAGCUAGCCAGGGGGGAUUGAAUUGGAUUGGAUUGGAUUUUAUUUGACCGUGCCCGCCAAAAGCCAUGACCUAAAUAGCGGUAUACAAUAUGCACAUGCAAACAUAACAAAGUCUCCAAAGCUAGGGGGAGGAGGGGAAUUCGGGGGUCCUACCGCCCGCCGAUAUCCUGCCUUUGGUAGUGCAUUUGGGAGAGAGAAGACGAGUGUGAAAUCCUCCUCCACAUGAAAAGUUCCCAGAGAACCCCUCCAGAAAUAUAUUUCUGGCUACGUUACUGAGGUGGAGGAGCUCUGGUAAAAAUUUCAGCAUGCUCUUGCAGAAUUGUUUUAUGGCGUUACAUGGACUCGACGCCAAGUCGAUUUACCUCAGAAACAAAUACAACAACAACUUUAUUUGAUGAUGAUGAGCGAUGAAACAAGUAGCUACAGGAUCUGUAAAACCAACAUUGGAAGUGAAUCUUUCGCCGUUAGCGGCGGUGAAUGGCCCACCACAUCAUCAAUUUUAAUUUUCAAUUUCAAUUUUAUUAGUAGUAUUUGCAAUACAUAGUACACAGUGGGGACAUUAUAGUCAUCAUCCUAUUUGUGUGUGUGUGUGUGUGUUUAGCCGUAGACAGCGCACACAUCCUCACUAACAAACCACACGAGGACGGACCGUACUCGCGAUUCGCAACAGGGAGGUGGGAGGGAGGAAGAUAUGUUUAAUGCGAAGUAAAAGAAAAAAGAGGAGGGAGAGGUUAGCCACGGUGUAGGCUUGCUACUCCCCAAAAAGCUAUCAAGCAACACGAACAGCUGUGUUGAGUGUGAGUAAAGUGACGUUUGCUGAAUCCCAUUACGUUGUGGAAAAGCAUAUGUAGGUGUCGCAAGGGAACAUGCUGUUUCUAUAAUAGGCAUCCCUUCGGGUCACCUUCCGGUCCACUGCAAGCGGCACCUGCGGUUCAAACAGCCGAUGCACUCAAUGUGUUUAGGGUAAAAAGGUGAAAGGAAAUAUUUGAUGCGUUUCGUAUUGUUCGUUUGACCCCCGAAAUCAUGCGUCAGCAACUGUUAUCAGUUGCCGACUGUAUUUGCUAUGUCGAAAGGGGCAUGUGUCCGAAAUAAUUUGAUGACGGAAAGGGUACGCAGAGGGUUUCUGUGAUAAAAUUAUUAUUACUAUUAU